CCUCCCUCGUUCUACCACCAUUGCCAUCCCCUUUCUCUCGCCUGGCCUCCUCACACAAGCCGCUAGCUGCCUGCCUGCCUUGGCUUGUCGCGUUGCAUACAUACGUCAUCAGUAGAGGCCAUCUAUCGAUCGAGCUAGUGAGGAGGGAAAAGAAAUGUCUGCGAACGACGGCGACAUGAAGAUGAGGGCGAUCGUCGUGGAAGGAGGGGAGAUGAGCGCGCCGACGCCGACGCCGAAGCAGGACAAGUGCUGCGAGUACACGCUCGACGGCUCCGUCGACAUCAAGGGCCGCCCGGCGGUCAAGGGGAAAUCAGGAGGAUGGCUUGCCGGUGCUCUAAUCCUUGUGAACCAGGGCCUGGCGACACUAGCCUUCUUCGGCGUGAACGUGAACCUGGUGCUGUUCCUGACGCGGGUGCUGGGGCAGAGCAACGAAGACGCCGCCAACAACGUCAGCAAGUGGACGGGCACCGUGUACAUGUUCUCCCUCAUCGGCGCCUUCCUCAGCGACUCCUACUGGGGACGCUACAAGACCUGCGCCAUCUUCCAGGCCAUCUUUGUGCUCGGCCUCGCGCUGCUGUCGGUGUCGUCGCACCUCUACCUAAUCAGGCCGGACGGGUGCGGCAUGGAGCACGCGCCCUGCGGCCCGCACUCCGGCAAGGAGCUGGGGAUCUUCUACAUCGCGCUGUACAUGAUCGCCUUCGGCAACGGCGGGUACCAGCCCAACAUCGCCACCCUGGGCGCCGACCAGUUCGACGAGGACGACCCCGCCGAGGCGCACUCCAAGGUCUCCUUCUUCAGCUACUUCUACCUCGCCCUCAACCUCGGCUCGCUCUUCUCCAACACCUUCCUCAGCUACCUCGAGGACAAGGGCAGCUGGGCGCUCGGCUUCUGGGCCUCCACCGCCGCCGCCGCCACCGCGCUCCUGCUUUUCCUCAGCGGGACGCUCCGGUAUCGCUAUUUCCAGCCCGGAGGGAACCCGAUCGGGAGGAUUUGCCAGGUCGCCAUCGCCGCGUCCAGGAAAUGGAAGGCGGGCGCGUCGACCACCGGAGUGGUCAGCCUGUACGAGGGCGACGAGAAGGCGGAUGCCGCCGGUGGCAGGAAGCUUUUGCACACGCAAGGGUUCAGUUUCUUGGACCGCGCGGCGCACGCUGACACGGACUCCAAGCUCGGCGCGCGCGACCCCUGGAAGCUGUGCACGGUGACGCAGGUGGAGGAGGUCAAGAGCAUCCUGAGGCUCCUCCCCAUCUGGCUCUGCACCAUCCUCUACUCGGUCGUCUUCACCCAGAUGGCCUCGCUCUUUGUCGUGCAGGGCGCCGCGAUGCGCCGCACCACCCCGUUCUCCGGCUUCUCCGUCCCGCCCUCCAGCAUGUCGGCCUUCGACAUCCUCGCCGUCGCCACCACGAUCUUCUUGUACCGCCGCGCCAUCUGCCCGUUCCUGGCGCGGCUCACCGGCCGCCCGGCCGGCCCCACCGAGCUGCAGAGGAUGGGCCUCGGCCUGGUCGUGGGUGCCCUGGCCAUGGCCACGGCCGGGACGGUCGAGCACUUCCGGAAGGCCAGGGCCACCGCGGCGAUGAGCAGCGACCUGCAUAUCAUGUGGCAGGUGCCGCAGUACGCGCUGAUCGGCGUGUCGGAGGUGAUGAUGUACGUCGGGCAGCUCGAGUUCUUCAACGGCCAGAUGCCCGACGGGCUCAAAAGCUUCGGGAGCGCGCUCUGCAUGAUGUCCAUGUCGCUCGGCAACUACUUCAGUGACGUCAUCGUGAGCGCGGUCACCAGGCUCACCACGACGCGAGGGCGGUCCGGGUGGAUCCCGGCUGACCUCAACGAGGGCCACCUCGACAAGUUCUACUUCCUGCUCGCCGUGCUGGCCGUCGCGGACUUCGCGGUGUACCUCGUGUGCGCGAGCCGCUACGGGAGCGGCAAGGUGGACGGGAGGAGCAGCGACGACGAGGAGGAGGGAGCGGCCGGUCAGGUGACAUCCCUGCCGGCUUACGCAUGACCAUCACCGGCCGGCCGCCGGGCGUCGUACGUAUGCCGUUCUUGUCUUCUUGAGGUGGAGGCUGGCAGGCUGCAAAUCUUGAGGGCCAUUGGUUGACGGAGUUCUUCCAUUGAUGACGAUAGCACAACCAUAGGGGUGGGCACGGUGAUGAUAUGACUAAAGAAUAAGCACUAAAGCAGGACUAGCUACAUACUACAUGUGCAUCAAGCUCGCGUUUUUUUGGCCAAUGUAACAACAGACCACGACUGUCACUGACCAAGACUGUUCUUUCUAUCA